AGCCCCAAAAGCCCUAGGGUUUUAAGCUUUUACUCUCACUCUCACUGUUAACAGCGUAGCGUAAUCCUCUGCACUCUCCCCCAUGAAAACCACAGCCCAAACCUCGCCAAAUACUCCAUUCGAUACCUCUCUGUAAUGGCAACUGUGUAGCAGAAAGUACCAAGUUUCUUCCUCCGAGCUCUUCCAUGGCAUCUUCUUCUGGACUCCGCAUUUCUUCCCUGCUUCGCCAUCAGUUCGUUCCACCGUCCGUAUCCAAUCGUUUCCCCAGAAUCUGCCAUGGGUUGUCAGAGCUUCGUUUCCUACCCACCAGCACUUCCACCUCCUUCAGGUCUAUCCGUUUGUUAUCGUCCCGUGGGGGAGAGGUUGGCGGGGGAGGGGGGGAUGGUGGCAAUGGAAGGGUUGUUCAUGUAGAGCUCCACAAGGAGGCUACUGAUGCUUACAUGGCUUAUGCAAUGUCUGUGUUGCUCGGGCGUGCCUUGCCAGAUGUUCGCGAUGGUUUGAAACCAGUCCACCGCCGGAUUUUGUUUGCAAUGCAUGAAUUGGGCCUUUCAUCAAGAAAACCAUUUAAGAAAUGUGCUAGAGUUGUUGGAGAGGUUUUAGGUAAAUUUCAUCCGCAUGGAGAUACUGCUGUGUAUGAUUCCCUUGUUAGAAUGGCUCAGGACUUCUCGUUAAGGUGCCCACUCAUUCAAGGCCAUGGAAAUUUUGGUUCAAUUGAUGCAGAUCCUGCAGCUGCCAUGCGGUAUACUGAGUGCAGAUUGGAAGCACUUACAGAAGCAAUGUUGUUGGCAGACCUAGAGCUGAAUACGGUUGAUUUUGUUCCAAAUUUUGAUAAUUCACAAAGGGAACCUUCACUCCUACCGGCUCGGCUCCCAACUUUGUUGCUGAAUGGUUCCUCGGGGAUUGCGGUCGGGAUGGCAACCAAUAUUCCGCCGCAUAAUCUUGGUGAGUUAGUAGAUGCACUCUGUGUUCUAAUUCGUAAUCCGGAGGCUACAUUGCAAGAAUUGUUAGAAUACAUGCCUGGACCUGACUUUCCGACUGGAGGAUUAAUUAUGGGAAAUAAUGGUAUUUUAGAGGCAUAUCGAACUGGACGUGGACGCAUUACAGUUAGGGGGAAAACUGAUGUUGAGUUGCUUGAUUUAAAGACGAAACGAACUGCAGUUAUUAUAAAAGAGGUACCUUACCAAACAAAUAAAUCUGCUUUAGUGGAGAAGAUAGCGGAACUUGUGGAGAACAAGACAUUGGAUGGUGUAAGUGACAUUAGGGAUGAGAGUGAUCGAUCUGGAAUGCGUAUUGUAAUUGAGCUUAAGCGAGGAGCAGAUCCAUUAAUUAUUCAGAAUAACUUAUAUCGCCUAACAUCUCUUCAGUCUGGUUUUAGCUGCAAUAUGGUGGGUAUCAUUAAUGGACAACCUAAACUCAUGGGUUUGAAGGAAUUACUGCAGGCAUUUUUGGAUUUCCGGUGUUCAGUUGUGGAGAGACGUGCAAGGUUUAAGCUCAAGCAGGCAAAAGAGAGGAGACACAUUGUUGAGGGUAUUGUUAUUGGACUUGAUAAUUUGGAUGGAGUGAUAAAUCUGAUAAGGGAAGCUUCAAGCAAUUCUAUCGCAUCUGCUAAUCUGAGGACUGAAUUCAGCCUUUCUGAGAAACAAGCUGAAGCUAUAUUAGAUAUUAACCUUAGGAGACUUACACACCUCGAGAGGAAGAAGUUUAUUGAUGAAAGUAAAUCCUUAAUGGAGCAUAUUUCCAAAUUAGAUGAGCUGUUGUCAAGCAGGAAGAACAUACUGCAGUUAAUAGAACAGGAAGCAAUUGAGCUGAAAGACAAGUUUCCAAGUCCUAGGCGUUCAAUUUUGGAAGACACUGAUAGUGGUCAACUUGAAGACAUCGAUGUCAUUCCAAAUGAAGAGAUGCUUUUGGCACUUAGUGAAAAAGGUUAUGUUAAGCGGAUGAAACCCAACACCUUCAAUCUUCAGCAUCGUGGAACAAUUGGAAAAUCUGUUGGAAAACUGAGAGUUAACGAUGCAAUGUCAGACUUUAUCGUUUGUCGUGCACAUGACCAUGUCCUGUAUUUCAGUGAUAAAGGUACUGUCUAUUCAGCUCGUGCCUACAAGAUUCCAGAAUGUGCCCGAACUGCUACUGGCACACCAUUAGUUCAGAUCCUAUCUUUAUCAGAUGGAGAGAGAAUAACCUCCAUUAUUCCUGUGAGUGAAUUCGAUGGAGAUCAAUUUUUACUUAUGCUCACAGCAAACGGUUACAUCAAGAAAGUAUCUUUGAACCUCUUUUCAUCAAUCAGAUCAACUGGAAUUAUAGCUAUUCAAUUGGUGAGUGGCGAUGAGCUAAAAUGGGUCCGACGUUGUGCAAAUGAUGAUCUUUUGGCAAUGGCCUCACAGAAUGGAAUGGUCAUUUUAAGUUCUUGUGAUAUUAUUCGGGCACAAGGCAGAAAUACCAGGGGUGCAGUGGCCAUGAGGCUAAAAGCAGGGGAUAAGAUGGCAAGCAUGGAUAUCAUUCCAGCAGCUGUGAGGAAUAAUUUAGAAAGGAUGCCAACAACUCCACGUAGUAGCUUCGGUGUUUCCAGCUCUAAAGGCUUUAAUGGUCCGUGGCUCUUAUUUGUGUCUGAAAGUGGAUUUGGAAAGCGGGUUCCAUUGAGCAGUUUCCGCCUGUCCCCUUUGAAUAGAGUUGGUUUGAUUGGAUACAAGUUUUCCUCGGAGGAUCGAUUGGCAGCUGUAUUUGUAGUUGGAUUCUCAUUGGCAGAGGAUGGUGAAAGUGAUGAACAAGUGGUUCUAGUAAGCCAAAGUGGUACAGUCAAUAGAAUUAAGGUCCGGGAUGUUUCUAUACAAUCUCGCUAUGCCAGGGGUGUUAUUUUGAUGAGGUUGGAUCAUGCUGGAAAGAUCCAGUCUGCGUCUUUGAUCUCGGCUAUGGAUACGGAGCCUGAGGAAGAAGCUUAAACUGCUUGCUGAGAUUGACGCGACCUACAUAUCAAUCACAUUCCAGACAAUGGGAUCUUUCAUGUUUGCAAAGUGCUGCAAUGUCUUCUGCUCAUCCUCUCCUACCUAGUGAAGGUUGACUCAGCAUUGGUGUUAAUUUGACUGGAAGCAGAGACCAGUUAUUCGGUUUUGCGGAGUGGUUAAAAAUUAGUUCGAACUGCUAACAGACUGUUGGGUCUCUCGUCACUGGUGGUUGAUGAAUUUUCAAAGUUUGUAUGUCGCCCUAUGUUUUUGUUUUGGUAGAGCAAUUCUGUAUAGGUGAUUACCCUUUCUUUCUUUCUUUAUUUCUUCAGCGAUGACUUGUCAAAAUAUUCAUCUACCUAGCUGUUGUAAUUGUAAACUCUAUGGUUUUCUGCCGCUAUCAGUUUGAUUCAAAAUAUUAGCUGUUGUAAUCUUAAACUCUAUAGUUUUCUGCCCCUAUCAGUUUGAGUUUGAUCCACAAUAUUAUUUGUA